AUGUACUCCGUCCUCCUCAGCAAACUCACCGAUUUUGGCCCUCUUUCGGUCACAAAUGGCGACGAGGCGCAAGCGAAUGUGUUCAAGCUCGACAAGCUCCAAUCCUAUCCCAUCCAACUCACUCACUUCUGGUACCGCGGCCCCGACGUCCCCGCAAUCCCAACCCUCUUCAAGUCUGAACUCGUCGUUACUCUCCGUACCCUCACGCUGGACGUCAGCAACGCCGUCAUCGCCUCCAGCCUCGUCAACACCAAUCACCUCACCUCCGUCGAGCUCUAUGACUGCUUCGCAGACUCUCAGCCUUUCCUCGAUCUCCUUCUCGACCACCUCCAAUAUGGACUCUACCUCGAGAUUCUACGCAUUACAAUUCAUACUUUCUCGGUCUCGCACAAAUACUCAACAACCGAGGUCUAUUGGGCUUCACUACUCUCGUCGCCGGUGCUUCACCUCAGGUCUCGUAUCUCCGCUCAAUCCAAGAAGAAUUUCGUCCUCGAGCGUGACGUUCGUUACCUCGAGACACGAAUAGCUCUCCUCAUUCAGAACAGGAUGGCGCUUGACGAGCAACGCGAAGUCGAAAGUCAUCUCGAAGAAGUCGACUCAACAGAAGGCCAAUACCCCGACGAACGCAAGCUUCAGCAAUACUCCAACCUCUUCUUCCUCCUCCAAUCCGAGCCACGACACGUCGCCACCCUCUGUCGUCUCAUUUCCCUUUCCCAGAUUGAUACCCACCUUCAGACGUCUGUGCUCUCCGCUCAGUUUGACUCCGCGACCGAGUUCGGAUCACUUCUUCGAGCCAAUACGCCCGUUUCCCGUAUGAUGACGAAUUAUACUCGUCGAGGUCCUGGCCAGAGUUACUUGAAGAGCGUGCUGGCAGAGCGGAUAAAUAGCCUUAUCGAACACAAGGACCUCAACCUUGAGAUCAACCCCGUGAAGGCCAAUCCCGACGUACAAUCCAUCAUCGCCCCACGCCUGGCGAUGCUGAUGGAGAUCGCAAACAGCUUCUUGGUGACCAUCAUCGAGUCGAUGGAGAGCGUGCCAUACGGUAUAUGUUGGAUAUGCAAGCAGAUCAGGAGCUUGACACGGAGGAAGUAUCCGGAGGCGACGGACUACGCGAUCUGCUCGCUCAUCGGCGGUUUCUUCUUCCUUCACCCAGCGAUCGAGACGCCUCAGGCGUACAUGCUCGUCGACGGCAUGCCCGCGAAACACCCCCGGUGGACGUUGACCUUGAUCGCGAAGAUGUUGCAGAAUUUGGCUAACAAGCCGUCGAAUACGAAGGAGGCGUACAUGAUGACGCUGAACCCGUUCGUAGAACAACAAGGCGCGGAUCAACCUAACACACAUUCCUUGAUCACACAACGCAUCGAAACCCCUCACCUCCGCAUCCUCACCGACGAACUCGGACCCCCCCCUGCCCAAGUCCCGCGCAAAGAGAACCGCACGCUCGAGCUGAAGCUGUACUCGCGCUGGGAAACCCCAGUGCAGGACAUCCAGUCCGCCUUCGCCGACACCGUCUCCUCGUCGGACAUGCUCUACAUGGAGACGAAAUCGAUCUUCGUCCAGCUCGUGCAUUCCAUCCCCAACGCCGCGGAGAAGCGCCGUAUAACCUGGCGGUGA